AUGAGGGAACGAGGGCAUUUCUUCGAACACAUGGAUUGGAAUUGGAGGCAGCUGCAUGUUUUGACCACGCGGUGCGGACGUGCAGUUUCAAAGCCCCCAGCAGCAGCCGACGUUGCGGAGCGCCGUGUUUUACAAACAACGCCUUCCGAUAAUUUUCCAAUGACACAGGGAUCCCUAAUUACAUAUCCUUACCCGGCCCGAUUUUUUCUCCUCUCAUCUUCUCUUGACCUAAUUUUCCUUACGGCGGCUGCGGCAAUUUUUUCACCUUCUCUGGACUGGUUUGGAUUUGACGUGGCUGGGAGAGACUUUCGGUUUUAUUUACCUUUGUUAGGGUUGGUAGGUGAAGAUGAUUGUGGUAUUGAUGUAAAAAUAUGUAGAAGAAGGAUUUGGACUGAGAAGGAUCUCCAUAAGAUUAUCUUCAACUCUAUCUUUUUCAUGUUCUUGUAUGAUAUUGGAAUUUGGAUACUAUGACAUGUUUGUUAUAACUUUAUUGUAGUGUUUGGU